AUGGGGACACACAAAUUCAUGGUGAGUUGAAAAACCAAGUAAAACUAACACAAAGUUAAAACGGGAGCCUGUUAUGUUUUUACAAAUUUCACUGUUUUUGGCACUUCACGCAUUAGUGCUGUUUCAAUUACUAUCCCAUUAUUUAAAAAAUACAUGCUAGACCAAGAGCCACCAGACUAACCUUACUAUCCCCUUAGUAUCUUGAAAUUGCCGAGGGAAACGCAAAUAUUUUGAAGACGGGUGCCUUACAAAGAACGAAGAAAGCGUGUUUUAAGUUGGAUUGAAUAUUUUGAAUGGAUAAAAAAAUAAUUGUUGGAUUCGAUUUGGUAUGAAUUGGUUCUACAGAUCGUGGAGGUGUAAAACCCUCCUCGAGCUGCAUAAUUUUCUUCAUUUUCAUACUCAGCCUCGUCCAGUUGUUAAUUAUUGACUUGAAUUGAUGGCUCGCUCUAAAUACUUUUGAUGACCCGGCUCCCAAAAUAGAGGUAACCAGAAACCUGGAUGCUGGUCAUGCAUUUUGGAGAGGGGUUUUCGAAACCAGCACGUAUCUGAUCAUGAAUUUCAGACGAUUACUUCAGUUGUUUUUACUCGAGAAUAGAAAACGCCUCGAAGUAGUCGUCUGAAAAACAGGCUAGACUCCUGGGCCCAGUUGUUCGAAAGAUGGAUUACGCUAUCCACAUGAAUAAAUCUCUAUUCAGAGGAUAACACAGUAAGUUGGUUUCCCUAAUAUUUAUUUGCUGGACCGUGAAUUUACGCUAUCCAACGUUUGAGCGAGACGGUGUGACAGUUAAUUUUCUAUUGUACAGUGAGGCACACUGAGCAAACAAUUUGCUGUUCAUUAGAGGGCGAUUUUCACUCUUUCCACGACUGAUUUAGUGAUUUUAGGCUCUUAAAAGAAGGCGACUCAGAAUUCGAAGCCCCGUAUAAAAAAGAAGACUUUCACUUUUUGUUAGUUUUGAAUCGUUUUUCUGUUACUGUUAAAUAAAAUUUUGAGUUCGUUUGCCUUAGAGUUUGAGAGGUUUGCAUAGCAAAGAGGAGCUCCCGCAUGGAAUGCAUUCACGAAAACGAGUAAGUAAAAACGUUACCUCUCAAAGCUUCCCUUCCUUUUUACUGUGAUAAACUGUCGAAAUACUGUCGAUAAAUUAGUCUCGUAUCCUUCGCAGUGUUUAGUGUUCAUUUCUUAGCUUGUAGCUUGCAUACUAGACUUGCCUACAAGUCGAGCUCAUAUUUUUUCCCUCGCGCGAAGCGCGAGCUGUAGAUUUUUUAUGUUUUCUGAGGCAAAAAGCGAGCGAGAGAGCGGGAGCUCUACGGCCAACUACCGGAACCGGAAAUGAGAAGCCAAGGACUUUAACUUCAGAAAGUCCACUUGCAUGCUGGCGUCCGGUCUCUGGUUUAAGCACAGAGAAAUUGGAAAUACCUGCAAGCAGGCUUUCUUUGCCUUGAGAAAUUUCUUUCAGGCGGCAAUACUAUGAUUUUGAGCCGUAUAUAAUUCAGUUCAGUUCAGUUGCAAUAAAUCCGUUCGUAGCCGCCCUAUCAGCCAUUAACUGGUAUCAAAAGGGGCCCUGAGAAGGACUGAUAAGAACGAUUGCAGUGUGAGAGUGGUGCCUUAAAGCGAAAAAAAAAAAGAAUACGUUUCUGUUUUUGGUGCCUUACCGAAGCGCAUUUCCUUUCAUCUCAGGCUCAUCUCAAAAGUGAAAUUAUCUACAACUGGGAGAAGAAUAUGCAUGAUGGCAGCGACAAGCCAACAUUGAGAAAGAAAGAAAACAAGAAGGCCACAUCUUUUUUGUCCUGGAUUGGAUUUCGGGACAAAAAACUGGAAUGGGUGAGAAAACCACAAACGCCAGCAUUCCCCUGCUGAUAAACUGAUUUGCUCAACACCCAACCAAUCUAACCCGUAUUAAAAACAAUCCCCUUCAAAUAGGAGACCACAUCGCGUAAACAAAUUUUUUGAGAACAUUUUCUAUCACUUAAGUCCGAGCUUGAAGAGUGAAACAUGAAUAUCAAAGUUGUUUGGCCGGUUAUAAAUUUACAUCGUGUUGAAUUGAGUAGUGAGUGUCUUGACCUACAUUUUUAUGGUACUUUGAGAGUGGACCUAAAGUCUCAGUUUUCCAACCAGGAAAUAUAUCAUUUACUUCCCAGUGUUCGAUUGUCCGCCUUUACCAUGUCAUUUCUUUUUAGAUUAAAGAAACAAGGGAGAAAGCACUUACUUCUGCCUUCGUUAUUCCAACUAUCAUCAUCACCAAAGCAGUUACUGAAAUCGACGUAUGGUAAGUCUUGCAAAUAGGACUAGACUGAAAAUGACAUCCAUGAUGACAGUCAAAUGGAAAUUCUAAUCUUGACUCCGCACGCCUCCGAUUUUUCCUGGCUGGAAGACGAGAAUCAUUUUGUACAAACAAUUUCAAAACUGCUUACUUUUUUGUACUGACACGGAGAAAAUCCCCUCAAAAUUAUCUACGCAUGCAUUCCAACGAAAAAUAGAAAAAGCAUUUGUCUCGCGUUCAUUUUUCUCGCGUUAAAGUUGACGAAGUUUUGCCCUGAGAAUCGUGGGUGCGAAUUACAUGUCCAAAGAGGGUUUCUGUGAAAAACUAAAUUUGAUUCAGAAAUGAUUAAAGUCUGAUUGAUGAAGAACUGUUUCUACAUAAGCGUGACGAUCACUGAACGUUUAUUUCGGCCAUUCUAGCUUUCAUAUGGAAACAUUACACUAAAACAAACAGACGUUUACCGGCCCCUCCAUUGCCUUUAUUGGGAUUCCAAUAAUUGACCGUCCGUUUUGGCUUGUUUGUUUCAGAUAUGUAUCAAUGGCCUACAGAAAGUUAAAGUAAGCAAAGAAUGUACUUGCUUAUUUAAUAACAGACAAAUGCUUCAAACCAUACUCUAUGAAAAACUACUUUUUGGACGUUUGUCUUUUGUCUUUGUGGGUCAUUCAGGGGCACCCAACGACGGUUUCCUCCAAAAUACGUUGAAAAAGCGUUUUUAGGCCAUCCAGAGUACUUUUAGAUCUGUAGAAAUGCAUUCUAAGCGGCGCUACAAAAUUUUUAUCUGUUCGGUCAUCCCAAGGGCUUCAGUAUUAUUUUCCCGAAAAUUGAAGGUUUUACCAAAGUGAGCAUUUUUCUGAUUCCCAUGGUUCGUUCAACUUCAGACAAACAGAUUUCAAGGACUUUUCAAGGACAAAUUACGUUUUUCAAGGACUAAGAUUUAUUUAAUGAAUCGGCAUUCUUUAACCCCUAUUGGUUAAAACACGUCAUUUACGAUUUUUACUUCUUCGGCCAUCAUUGAUCACAUUAUUUUAUAUUACUUUCCGCAAUAAGACUUUGCAAAAUGACUGGGUAUGACUUGCAAUUGCAUCUGAGGUACAGAAAUAGCAGUUGAAAUAAAGAAACAGAAAUAAAAUACUGUUCAUGUACAAAAAAUAAUGUUUUUACGUUACCUGUGAGUUUUACAGGUUCUUACACCGAGGAUGAACCAAAUUUUCCUCAGCAAAAUAAUCUAAUUUUACAGUAACCUGAGAUCAGGCUCUAUUUUCGUUUUGCUUUAAAAAUUACAUUCCGGCGGGCAAGGCGAAAGCGGUAGCCGUUACAGAGAAUGUAUGAGAACCGCUAAAAUUGGGCCUGAUCUCAGGUUAAUUUUACAGAUAAAAAGGUCUUUGGCAUAGACAAGGUUGUGAAUUUCAAGGACUUUGAAGACCUAAUUAAAAAAUCAAGUACUUUUCAAGGACCUAAACCAAAUUCAAGACGACUAGUAAAAUUCAAGACCUUUAAUUCAAGAUUGUACGAGCCAUGGAUUUUUGGAUUUUUUCCUCGAAAAAUAGUGUAACCUGGGUAGUAGAAUAUGAAAAACUAAACUUCAGAAAAUCGUAGGGAAUUUAUUAGGUAAGCUUCGAAAAUUGUCCAAGAAUGGAACGUUAAUCUAGAUAUUUUUAGCCGUCCUCAAGCAAAAGAAAAUUCGAGACAGAUAUUUUACAGA